AACAGAAGAAAAAGCUUACUGAUAAACAGGCUGAAACCGCAAACUGCGUUGAUGACUGGCAAACUGAGAAUUUGUGACGGGUAAUAUAUUAUAGCGUUAACUUUUCGACUGACUGUUUGUAGUUUUAUAAGACAUAGCUAAACACGAUUAGCUACUUUUGGAGGCGAGAAGAAAGGCAUACAAUGCCGUGGGAGCGCUUUUUCUCAUCUUCUCCUCUCCUUGCUCGUCUUCCUCAUUCACCGACUGCGUGAGGACGGACUCAAACAAGAAACUGCUGUAUCGACAACUGUCUAACUGUAGCUAGCAAGCUAGCUAGCUAGAACCUGAACAAGUGCUAAUUUACAAUGGCGGAUAGCGUAGGAGAGGUUGCUAAUGGUGAAAUUGGGUUAGGUGUUGGUAGUCAGGGAAAUGGAGCGCCGUUGUUGCCGAGUUUGGGUAAUUCUCUGCCGGGCCACUCGACGAGUGGAGCUAACCUGGCAUCACCACCUCCUGCAGCGACUGGCCUAGCCGUCAUGUUCCCUGGAGCCACAACCACCUCAACCGUUGUGACUGGGAGCGGAUUUGGAGGUGCAGGUGUUCUUAGCACUGUAGUGGGCUCUGCCAUUCCAAUACCCCCCUACUCGGCCACCAGUGCUCUGCCAGGCGGUAUCGGUUUGGGGGUGGCCGGAGCAGGCCUCUUGUCGCAAAUUCAUGCAACGUCCUGGGACCCAACACUAAGUACCGACUGGGACAACGAGAAGACGUCCCAGCAAUGCAUUCUCCGAAUCAAAAGGGAUAUAAUGUCCAUCUAUAAGGAGCCUCCCCCGGGUAUGUUUGUGGUUCCUGACCCUCACGACAUGACUAAGAUCCAUGCCCUCAUCACAGGACCCUUCGACACGCCCUACGAGGGAGGCUUCUUCCUCUUUCUGUUCCGCUGCCCCCCGGACUACCCCAUCCACCCCCCACGGGUCAAGCUCAUCACCACCGGCCAAAACACUGUGCGCUUCAACCCRAACUUUUACCGUAACGGCAAAGUAUGCCUCAGCAUCCUCGGGACUUGGACAGGGCCAGCGUGGAGCCCGGCCCAAAGCAUCUCCUCCGUUCUGAUCUCCAUCCAGUCCCUGAUGACUGAGAACCCCUACCACAACGAGCCAGGCUUUGAACAGGAGAGACACCCAGGGGACAGCAAGAACUACAACGAGUGCAUCCGCCAUGAGACCAUGCGCGUGGCUGUAUGUGACAUGCUGGAUGGGAAGGUGCCCUGUCCAGAAGCCCUGUGGAGUGUGAUGGAGAAAUCAUUCCUGGAGUAUUAUGACUUCUACGAGGGUGUCUGCAAAGAGAGACUACACCAACAGGGACAGAACAUGCAGGACCCAUUUGGGGAGAAGAGGGGUCGCUUCGACUACCAGGGCCUACUGGCACGCCUGAGCGCCACCCAGAGGCGCAUACGGGAGAAGUGCCCACCGGAGGACAACGAUGACCACUCAGACUCUGACACCAGCUCCUCAGGCACGGACCCAGAUAGCCAGGGCAGCUCCCAGCCUUAGCCACCAGAUGGCGCAACACUACCUUUUUCUGUCUCCCCUUUGUUUUUGCAAGAUGGUUUUGGCUCAAGCGAGAUGUUGAGGGGAAAGGCCUGAUUUCAGGGAGCACUUAUGAUACAAAGGCAGAGGAUAGCUUAAUGUCUGUUUUGAUUGGUUCUUUUUCCUUAUCCCCCCUCAAUGACUGCCUUUUAAUUUCCCCCCCCCAACUGUUGUAAGUAAACAAUGCCAGUCUACACUUAGAUGGUUUUGGGAGUUUGGCUUGUAGAAAUGGACACUGUUUCUUUGAAAGCAAUUUGUCAUAGAUUCUGCCUUUUGUCUUUGUUUUCCCAUGCCCGAUUGGAUUAGGAAGAAGCGGUGAAAUCUGAGAUUGACCAUUCUCAAUAUUCACAGUCCGUACAACCACAUCAGUCGUCUUAAUCAGAUCACCAAACUUUUAUUCAUUCAUACAUUGGUACACACACCUCAGACUAUCCACUUCUAAAGUCCCAUUGUCUCAUGUUCUUUCAUUAAUCUGAACAGUACUUAAUAAAAUUAUGAACUGAGUCAUAAUUACAUUAUGAAUUCAUAAUGAAUUGCAUUAGUAAAAAUAAAGCAAAAAAACUCCAUUAAUGCCUAGUACAAAAUAUGUACAGUUGCGGCCAAAUAUAUUGGCACCUUUGCACAACAGAUUGUAAUAUUUAUUAUUUUCAAAACUGGUUGGAUAGCUAUCUUUACCCUGUAGGCACUUGCAACUUAUGCCAAGUGAGGAAAAAUUACACAAUCACUUGUCUCUAACCAAGUUUAUUUGAAUUUUCAAUAAUGCAGUCCAGGCCAUAUUUUGACUUUUAAAAAAUCUACAUUUCAGUUUUCAUAACAUUUCUCGGUCUUUUGCAGAUACAAUUACGUGUGACUUUUGUUUUUUCUCUCUCUACUUAUUUGUGAAGAAAUAGUGAAUCGUUCGAGGGUGCCAAUAUAUCUAAUGUAUAUAUGCACAGCGAGAGAUUUUAUUGUGGUCUAUGGGCAGUGUCUUCAAAUAAUUUUCCAUUGACUGACUGCUAAAGCCUGCAUGGAAAGUUAUUAUUAUUUUUUUCUCUCUGUUUAAGCUAAAUGGUGGAGUCUAUGGACAUUAGGUUUGGGGUCACUACAAAACGUUUAGAAAGCUAGAUUUGUCAUUUGACCUGUCCCAUUUAACCAAUGCCACGUUUUCCAUUGCAUUUGUCAUUGGAAGGCAGUGGACUGGUGCCUCUUCAGGUCUAUAUAGCGGAGUCAGCCCGGUACCAAACAGGCACAGACCUGUGUUAGAUCUCUAUGGUGUCACCUUUUCAGUCAUCUGAAAGCCACCACCAGGAUUUUCAAACGAGCCACGGGAAAUGUUUUUUGAUGGUAACAUAAAUACCAGACACCUGCUUCUAUGCCGUGACAACUUUCUUUCAUUGAGAGUUUUCGCCUGCGAUGGGUUUCUGUAGAUUGGUUUGUAGAAUGAUUUAAUGUUGGUUUGGCCGCUUUUAAGCGCUAAAUGUUCAACAUUGGCUUACAUAUAUGGUGUCAGAAGUGCGUUCCACAGGUUGACACAGUCUAAGGUACACGUUCAAUAUAAACCUAACCUGGCAGUAACACUGACAACACAAACUUCAAAUGGACUUCAAGUGAUCAAGGAGGAUUAAAAAGAAAGUAUGAGAAACCGUAUGACCCGUUCUAACCAGUGGUCUUGUAAGGGGUCGAUCUUAUUUUUUCAUAUUGAUGUGGAGUUGUUAUUCUCGCUUUGAAAGACGUUAAGCCUUAUCGAGACUUCUUCCCGAGCCACAAUUGUUUUGAGUCUCUUGAAUUGUCCCCCUUCAAAGUGUCACACAACAUUGCCUAUCAGCCUGCGCAGCUCACCAAUAACCUCUAGUGAGGCCUCAGCGGCUGUUCAGCGGAUAGGGGGCUUAACACCUCUACCGUGUCACUUGGUUUGUAGUCCUGUCUAGCAAGAUGCAACAAAUAAUUAUACUGUCUUCAGUCUUUAUUGCAUUUUGAAACUACCCACUCAGGAUACAACAAAACCUCUUGCUUUGUAAUGGCCUGUCUGGACCACAAUCUACUGUCUAAUUAAGGAGGCCAGCUCCAAUGCAGAGUGGCACCCAAACAGGACUGGACCACACCCUUCUUUUUUUCCUUCUCAUGGACAUGUUUUUCUAUUCCCUUCCAUCUGGGUGCAUUUCUGCUCACUUCUCUCAGUCGACUGGGACUUCCUCUCACAGGAAAAAAUGUUGGAUUUAAUAGAUCUCAUGUUUGAGAGUACUGCUAACUUUGUUUGCAAAGUUUGGAGAAAAAAAUGUUUAAAAUGUAUGACUCUACUGCAAAUGAAAAUAUUAAAGCAAAGAUACUACUGGCCAGGUCCACUGCAAAGGAUUAGGUGUGAGAUGCUCAAUGUAGCGACCAGUCAGUUUGAAGCCUUGUUAUGGUUUGUUGUGUAUAUUCCUGUAGCAUUCUGAUGUGACCCGUCUAGUGUGUCCCUUGUCUGAUGGUUUAUUUUGGGUUUGUGCCCCCAACCCAGAGAAUCAACCUGAAUCGCUUUUAUUAAGGCAUCUUCAAUCCAUAAUGAUAUGGAUUUCCAUGUAGGUGUUUUCAGGAAGUGACUUAUGUAAAGUGUAGAAACUUCUAGAAUAAAUGUUGGCCAUGACAUAGUAAAAAAUAUAUAUAUAAUAAUUACAAAUGGGGAUACCUUAUCUGUCAGCCAUCUCAAUGAGAUAAGUAACAUUUGUAUUGAGUCCCAUUGUGUUAGAUGUCUCAUAGUAUGUCCUGACCUUCAAUCUAUGUAAUUUCUUAUGAGAUGAGUGUGACACUAUAAUAUACUGCACCUUUUCCCCAAGAUUUAAUUUAGGACUUGGGAUGGUGUAGAGUAGACCACAUUGCUUCUUAGAUGGAUACCAAUGUACAGGGCUGCUAAAACUAGCUGCCACAGAGCUGCUGCUCUACGACAGGGUUUCCAGAACUCGGUCUAGUCCACCCCCCUCGUGGUGCACAUUUUGUUUUUUGCACCAGCACUACACAGCUGAUUCAAAUAACCAACUCCAAGCAUAACCAAGCUUUGAUUAUUUGAAUCAGCUGUGUAUUGCUAUGGCAAAAAAACUAAACGGGCACCCAGGGGGUGGCCCCCCAGGACAGAGUCUGUGAAAUCCUGCUCUACAGUACAUUCCCACAGGGGCGUUCAACACUCUAAUGGCCAUUCAUUCUGUCUCAGUCAAUGGUAAGUGAAUGGUUUACAAUUUUGAGUUGACAAUAUGUGGGACCCAUUUUAGGCCUUGACUCAACGUUCCAGGCCAAGGCAUUAGUCCCAAAACUUUGACUGCCAAGUUUAUGCAAGACUAUUUUCAUCUGAUUUAAUUUCUGUUUUCAUUAUUGUGUAUGUAAAAAAAAAAAAAAAUACGACUAAUAAAAUAUACGAAUGGCUAUUUUGA